GGGCGGGGUAGCCUGGGCAGCCUCCGGCCCCGAGGCCGCGGAAACCUUCGCCGCGGCUCUUGCCGCAGCGACGGCCGGAGCCGCGUUCGGAGGCGAGUUUGUCAACAAUCGCCUGGCCUUUGGCGGCCUGUCGGGCAGGCGCCGCCCCCGCCGCCGCAGGCGAUUGGCUGUGGCGCGGAGCGACCGCACGAGGGCCAAUUGGGAGCGCGGGCACCCGGCGCCAGCGGCGCGGGGAGGUCGGCGGUGCCGGCGGCGGCGGGCGCAGUGCGCGAGGGGAGGAGCGGGAGGAGGCGGAGGAUGUUCCCGGCGGCUGCGGCCGGGGUAGCGCGUACCGGAGACGCGGCGUGCGGAGCCCUCAGCUGCCCGGCGGAGCGCGGCAGCGGACGGGCGGCGAGUUGCAGGCUCUCCGCUGCCCCGGGCGCUCCGACCGCGAGUCCCGGGCUUUGUCUCCCGGGCCGCCUUCGUGUUGACGGUCAGGGGGCUCCGGGUCGGCGAAGGGCGCGGGCUGGGCGCCGCCGGGCCCCGGCCCGGACGCGACGCUCGGAAGGGAAGGGGCGGACAAAAAAAGACCAAAUGGCAAAGCAACCUUCCGAUGUAAGUUCUGAGUGUGACAGAGAAGGUGGACAAUUGCAGCCUGCCGAAAGGCCUCCUCAGCUCAGGCCUGGGGCCCCCAUCUCUCUACAGACAGAGCGGCAAGGUAAUCCCGAAGGAGAAGGGGACCGCUGCCCCCAAGGCAGCCCACAGGGCCCACUGGCCCCACCGGCCAGUCCCGGCCCUUUCGCUACCAGAUCCCCGCUUUUCAUCUUCGUGAGAAGAUCUUCCCUGCUGUCUCGAUCCUCCAGUGGGUAUUUCUCUUUUGACACAGACAGGAGCCCGGCACCCAUGAGUUGUGACAAAUCAACACAAACCCCAAGUCCUCCUUGCCAGGCCUUCAACCAUUAUCUCAGUGCGAUGGCUUCCAUGAGGCAGUCUCAGGCUGUACCUGCAGAUAUGCGUCCGGAGAUAUGGAUUGCGCAAGAGUUGCGGCGUAUUGGAGACGAAUUUAAUGCAUAUUACCCAAGGAGGGUCUUUCUGAAUAAUCACCAAGCGGCCGAAGGUCACCCGCAAAUGGUUAUCUUACGGCUGUUACGCCACAUCAUCCGUCUGGUGUGGAGGAUGCAGUGACAGCGGGUUCCUCACGGAGCCGGGAUGUGCGGACAUUUUGCUCGUUCAGACCGACAAGCGCAGCACCUCGGUGUCUCGGUGCCCUUGCUCUGCAACCCGAGGUCCCUCGCUGGAGGGGGCGGGCGGGGAGCCUGCCGGCGUGUCCGAGCUGCACGUGGACCUGACCUUGUCUUUCAUCAUCACCACGCGGCCGAAUUUCUAACAGAAGCUUGUUGUGAAUGUAAAUGAGGGAGGAUUCUCUUUUUAAACAAUGUACAAAUCAUGGUUCUUUGGAGCAGGAUUUUAUGCAAGAAUGGUGUUUACAUGCCGUUUUUUUUUUCCCCCCCACCUUCUUUGAUAAGAACAGGUUUUUCAAAAAGGAAACGGAAACUUUUUAACCAACUCGUGAGUGAUUUUUGUACUAAAAUUUUAAGAACCUUUGCCUACUCUCAGAGGAUUGUGUAAACUCCACAGUGGAAACUGAGCCAGCUGAUUUAUAAAGCUGCCUUAGUUUAUUUUUAGAGGUCACCGUACAGCAUUUUUAAACAGGAGAGGUAUGAUGUGGCCCCUCCCUUCCCUGCCAUUGCUUCUUGGACCUUUUUUUUUUUAAGUCAUUAUUAUUAAUACCAAAAAAGUUCUUAUGAAAUGGAACUGGUAAAAGGGGCAGAGGGGUCUCUUGUCAGCCUGUAUUGACGUGCCACUCCCAUUUUGUAAAUAUCUACUUACCUCCUUAAAUUCAGUUGCAUCUGUGGCAAAAUUUCAGACUCUCUUUGUGUUUCUCCUUACGUCCUUUGGUGAUGCUCCUCCAGCCUGUUGGACACUGAUGCACACAUUUGGUCCAGUGUAUUUUCAUGGUCAAAAGUAUAAGUGGGUCUGAACAUGAGUUAGUAUCUGCCUGUAUCAGACACAGGUCUGUUUGUCUAUUGGUAGCUUACUCACUGGGAGGUGCUCGAUGUUGGUUUUCGUUUGGUUUUGACGGGCUUGUCGUUUAGAAGUGUUCUGAAGAGGCAAUGGCAGUCGUAACACAAGGUAUGCACUGUUGGCUUUUCUGGUUGCAGGCCUUCCCACAUCACAGGACGGACUCUCAGCCUGAGGCCCCAGGUGGUUCCCAUGCCCACGUGCAGCUGAGUUCCAUCGAGGUAUCCAAGCUCGAGCCCUUGUGGGAAUUGGCGCAGGCUAUGGGCGGGACUUGAGACAGCUGUUUCCUGGGCAUCCUGGCUUUUGGUCCAACUCAGAGUUCAUCUGGCUUUUGAUGGCUAACACUCGGUUCCCACUCUCUGAAAUACAGACUUAAUUCUGCUCUCAGCAGUUCCAUAAAAAACCCCGUUGGACACAAGUCUGAAAUGGUCCCUUGGCCUUCUGACAGAUGUCUGUAUCACUUGUUCCACUUCCCUUGGGACGGCUGGAUUUCGUCAGGCCCCCUUCACGCAGCCACUUCUGUUGGGGAUGCCCUUCCUCCGCGCCUGCCGCGAUUAUGGCAGAGAAUGGAAGCCCACGAGUUGGUCAGUCUUUUCAAAGGCAGUUAAACUACUGGGGAGACCCAAGAAAGAUUAGGGGGCAUUGAAAGAGGGGAGGUAGAGAUCGUUCUGUGAACCCCAUCACUCAUAGUUUUAGAAACCUCAGAUCGUUAAACAGCUUUUUAAAAAAAGAUACGUGAUUUUUCAGAUGAGUCAACAGUGCCAACAACAGCUAUCGUAUUUGCUUUUGGCCCAUCGAGAACCAGUGUUUUCACGUUAUCAGUUGGAAAAAUUGAUUCCUUUUGUAUCUUCAUAAUUUUAUAUAAGUAUAUAUAUAUAUAUAUAUAUUGCAUAUACACUUUCUUCUUAGGUAGAGAUAUUUGACUCCAAAUAUUCUUCCUUCUAAAAAUUUUCUUUUCCCCAGAUAUCUUCUUGGGGUCUUGAAUUGUUUUAAAGCUGUGUUGAGUCUCAGCUUGUGUCCUUGACAUGUCUUGAACCCCUCUGCAGGGUCCUCAAGUCCACGCGGUUGUUAAGGUGGUUGGUGGAAUUGCAGCCGUGGGCCUGCUGGACACACACACCAAAGACGUAUUUGGUUCUGGGCCGCUCCCCUCCCAGGAUCUCUAUACGGGCCAGUCUCUCGGACUGGAGCACUUUAUUCUGUUCCUUCAGCCCUGGUGCCCGGGGGCUGAGCGCUCGCUCGCCCACGUGCAAGUUUACCUCGGGCUCGGCGGCCUCCAGGCCCCCGGGCUGGCCGUGGAAGCAGCUGGUGAGGAAACUAGAGAUUCUAUGAAUUGUAGAAGUAUUAAGAGGAUGUUGCCCCAGGACUUAAGAGAGGUGACUGGACGUCUCUGUACUGUACGUAUCUGUUUAUCAAGAUGCCUCCCUGCAGAAAGUAUACCCACUGUGGGUGUACCUUUGACUUCUUAUUUUUCCUUUCUUUGACUUUUUAUAGAGAAAAAAAUAACUCGAUCCCUUUUUGGAAACUGAAUGCGGGUUUUGUGCCUUGACCACCUCGUCUCACGUGAGGUUUGUAGAAAGUGUCCUGUGACUUUUCACAGAAAUGCAAUAAACACACGAAAUUAACUUCAAGAGUGAAUCUGCAAAUCACCUGGACUCCUGUUUAUGAAGAAUUUUUUUUUUUCCUUGGUUGUGGAGAAACCAGGUGAAAAUUUCUUCCGAGUUAAAAAAACAAAAACAAAAUGUACACAGUAGACGACAGCCGUCUCCUGUUUCCCCUUCUUAAUAUUGUAUAUAUUUUGACUAUUUAUUAGAUUAGGAAGUCAUACUUUACUUAUCAACUGAGCCAAACGUCUGUGUGCAAUUAUUAUGUUUCCUUUACCUUUCUUGUAAGAUUUUGUACAGCAUAAAUGAGUAAAAAAAAAAAAAAAAAAAAAAAAUUCACUGUUUUUACUAAACUUUUUCAGAAUUGAGGGUUGUAAAUAUUGUAGAUUCUUUUUCUGUGUAAUGUGUCCUACUGUUUCAUGAUGCUGUAACUUGUAGAGAUGUUGUAUAUUUAUUUCCAGCUUAUUUAAUGUCUUAAAUUCUGAAAAGUGUUGACCUCCCUGACCCCUAGCCCCUGCUGUCCUGUUAAUUGCUUUAACUCGAGGUGGCCACUGGUUACCUCACUGCAGGCCACGCGGUCUCCCCGGGGUGGCCCUCCAGCUUUGGUUCCUGGUAUUUCUAGUCAAAUGGGUUUAGAUUCGUAGAGUUUGCUGUCCUCAUGAUGAAGUUUGUGUUUAGACACCAGUGAGAGACCAUAAACCUAGCAGGCUGUCAAAUUCUACUCUAGAACUUUCCAGUGACUUUCUCUUGUUCCCAAAUGGCUAGCUUCUCAUGGAAGCAAAUGCUGUUAACUCCAGGCUGUAUUUUAAAGCCAAAAUAUAUACGUGUGUGUGUGUGUGUGUGUGUAUGUAUGUGGGGCGGGGGGGGGCAGGCAAAAAGUUCGUUCGGGUUUUUCCAUUACAUCUUAUGGAGAAACCCGAACGAACUUCUUUUGGGCCAACCCAAUAUGUGUUAUUGGCAGUUGGGAAGGAUUUUUUCCAUUGAAAAUUUAUCCCUGACAAUACUAUGUUCAGAGAAAUGGAAACGUCGUCUUCUGGAGGUGCCGUCGUGAGAUUGUUGAGGGCAGGGGCCGGGCAGGAUGAGGCAUAGUGGGACCAGUGGCCCCUGCUUCCAGAGACACAUCAGGACCUCUUCACACCCCUAACCCCUCACUGGCAACUGAUGAGUAGUUGAGUUCCCGCCACCCGCUCUGUGGCUUCCUGUGCUUUGAGGUGCGAACUAAACUGUGUGUCUUCAGGAACUAAUUGUACAGCCCCUGCCCUGAACCAUUCGGUCCCUGCAUUUGAUCCACCUGCUUCUUCAGGGUGACGCUUUCCUUCUGCUUCUCCAAAGCCUUCGAGAGAGGUUGGGGGCCCCACUGGACUGGCUGUUAAGAAGUGGAAGCUUGAAAGAGACUUCCUAGCGGUUCUGUGUCGAUGGCUCUGUCAUCCCUGCUGAUUUAGCCUGGUGCCUGCGUGUGUCCACCCCGCACACGCGUGUGUGCAGGAAUGUGACCACGCGUGUCGCUAAACCAGCUGGGGUAACUCCUGUCCUGCUCCCAACAGCAUUGUGUGCAAGAAGCAGCCUCAAGCUCCCGGCUAAGUAACUUGACUACUUUUAUUUGGGAAUUUCAGACUUUAGAAGCUCUCUUAACGUUUUAUGUCCAGGUUCUGUGACCACUAGUUACUGUAUCAGAACUCAUCAGGUACUACUCAUUUAUAAAUAGCACUGAUCUGUCUGUAUACUGAUUCAUCACUAACUUGUCUCCUAGGACCCAGCAUACUGUAGCAUAUGUAUUGCAAUUUCCCUGGCUUACUUGUGUUUUGCACUGAUGAAUUUUGACAGGGUAAUUGCCACUUUACUUGUGCAAUACUGCUGUAAAUAACUGCAGAUUUUUUUUUUUUAAAGAAACUCGAUCUUUUAUGUUCUUAAUGAAUUUUAUAUAAAUAAAACUUUCAACUAGU